AUGGUCGAAAACAUAUGGCAUGAUUCAUCGCUAUCCUUCCCCUCACCUACGCUAAACAACCCAUCAGGCGAUGUCAUUCAUCUCAAAGCACUCGGACGCGACAUCAUUGUGCUCAAUAGCACCCAGGCCGCAACCGAUCUUCUCGAGAAACGAAGCGGACUGUAUAGCGACCGACCAAACCUCACUGUAUACGUAGCAAUGGGAUGGGAUCCAAACUUGGCGUUCUUGCCGUAUGGUCCACGCUUUCGUAAACAUCGCAAGCUCCUUCAGUCACAUUUCAGCGAAAACCGCCGGUCAAAGUUCCAGCCCAUCCAACUUCAGAAUGCAUCUCUUCUUGCCCAAGGACUGAUGGAGAAUACGAAGGGAUAUCAACAUCUCGUCAGCAGGUACACCACUGCCAUAGUGAUACGCAUUGCGUAUGGGCACCAGAUUCUGACCGAUGACGAUAUGUUCGUGCAGACAGCGCACGACUGUGGGUACACUCUGAAUAAUGGUGGACCCCCGGGAGGAACUGCGGUUGAUCUCUUUCCCAUUUUAAUGCAUCUCCCCUCGUGGUUUCCCGGAACAUAUUACGCCACCUUUGCUCGAAAUUGGAGAUGGGCAGUCGACAAAUUGUAUAACCAGCCAUACGAAUACGUGAAGAAGCAGAGGGCUGAAGGCAUGGCGCAGCCAUCCUUUCUCCUGGAUCAACUAGAGGCAACGUCGGGGCAAACUCUCACAGACGAAGAAAUAGGAGAUAUUAAGGGGUCGUCUGGCAUAAUCUUUGGAGCAGGUGCUGAGACCACUUGGAGCAGCCUAGAAACAUUUUUCUUGGCCAUGUUAUGCUACCCAGAGGCGCAGAAGAAAGGACAAGAAGAGAUCGACCGCGUUAUUGGACCUGACCGGCUCCCUACCUUUGAUGACUUCGAUUCUUUGCCAUACGUGGGGUGUGUCACACAAGAGAUAUUAAGAUGGCACCCCGCCCUCCCCAUCGGAUUGCCCCAUCGUUCAACGGAAGAUGAUAUUUACAGAGGGAUGUUCAUCCCCAAGGGCUCGAUCAUUUUCGCUAACACUAUGUAUGUCUAA